UAGCUUAACAUAGCCUUAACUUCUUCUUCUUUCUUUUACAGAUUCGUGUUCGCUAAGCAAGCGUGCUUAAAAACGUUUCGUGUGUUUUUAAAGAACCAAUAUGGCGACCGGCACUACAGCUACAAUCCGCACCCGCAAGUUCAUGACCAACCGUCUGCUUGCCAGGAAACAGAUGGUCUGCGAUGUGCUCCACCCCGGACUCUCGUCUGUUAACAAGACCGAGAUCCGCGAGAAGCUCGCUGCCAUGUACAAGGUGACACCCGAUGUUGUCUUUGCAUUCGGUUUCCGCACAAACUUCGGUGGCGGCCGUUCAACUGGCUUUGCCCUCAUCUACGAUACUUUGGACUACGCCAAGAAGUUCGAGCCCAAGCAUCGUCUGGCUCGUCAUGGCCUGUUCGAGGAGAAGAAGCAGACCCGCAAGCAGCGCAAGGAGCGUCGCAACAGAAUGAAGAAGGUCCGUGGUACUGCCAAGGCUAAGAUUGGUACCGGCAAGAAGUAAACUUCCUAAAUUGAAUGUCUGUGUUUGGACAAUUCCAAUAAGCUGCUGGUUAUGCAUUAGUUUCACUUUGUAAUAUAAAAAACAGACAACAAUUAA